AUGCUUGACAGGCUCUGUCGGCAGGUCGAAGAGGUGGCCCUCUCGAUCGUCCAGCAUAGCAAAGAGCUGUCGGCCCUCGUGAACCAGCCGCGAUCGCAAGAGGAGCUGGAGAAGACCGUGAUCCAGACCGCCAAGGCCGCCGCCAAGGACACCGCCACUCUGGUGGACCUCAUCAACAGCGCCCCCAACACCAGCGUACAGGCCAAGCGACUUCAGCUGAACCUCCUCAAAAACGCGGGCCGAGAGUGCUCCACCGCCGUACUCAACCUUAUCGGCUCCACCAAGAACGCCAUCAACAAUCCGUUCGAUUUCAUGACCAAACAAGAUGUGACCAACAAGUGCAAGGAGGUGGCUGUCAGCACGCAGGCCGUGCUUGAGGCGACCAAGAACUUGUCGUCUCUGUGCAGCCCGACGUCGGGCAGCCGGGACAAUGUAAGCGAGACGCUGAAGCGCGAGAACGAAAAGAUGCUGCGCGACAUCAAGCGCGUGGUCGACGAGGCCAUGUUCAGCCUCAACAACCUCGUCGAGGCCGUCAACGUGGGCAACAAGGCCGCCUUCGUCAGCGAGGCCACGACGUCGGCCAAGAAGCUGGCGCAGCUCAUCGAAACCGCUAAGAGCCUCGGGAUCGAGCGCGACGGCGCCAAGCUCAAGCAGGCCUCGCUCAAGAUUAUCUCCACCGGCAAGAUCGCCCUGCAGAUUCGUGGGAUGCGAAACGAAAUGGUCUCCACGAUCAGCCAGGAGCUGAGCGUCGAAGGUUCGACAGAGUCAUCAGGCGAUUUCGAAACGGGCGAGAGGCUGCUCAGUUCGGGAGGCAGCGAGUUCGAACCGCGAACCGAGCUGGAGAAGAUCGUGGCGCUGGAGAACUACAUGGAGUGGCGUAAGGACACCAUGACGCGCCGACAGGCCAACAAGGCCAAGGGCAUCGUCGACGAGAUUGAUUUCACGGGAGAGGACAGCGCAGCGGGUUCGCUAACACUCGACCCCAAGAAAACUGGUCAGCAGUUCAAGGCCAUCUCUCACAACUUGGGCGACGCGGCCCUGGAGUUCAUCGUGACUGCCAAUGAACACGUGAUCAACCCAAGGGGAGCGACGGAAUCGCUGGAGGACGCCUCGCGCAUGCUGUAUCUCGUCAUCAAGAAGAUUCUGCUGAUCGCGUUCGCCGCGGGUCGGAUGGCCAAGGUCAACAACGCGACGAUCACGAUCAUCGAGGCCGGCGUGAAGAGCGUGGCGGAGCAGCGAACCCGGGGCGUGCUGGAGGAGGACUGCGUGGACGCGGCGUCCACGCUUGCGGCCAAGAUGGUGGAGUCGAACCUUCAGAAGAGGGUCUUCUUCGAGAGCAAUGCCAUGCGCGUGCUCACCCUCCAGAUGCUCUCGGCCAUCUCCGUGCUCUCGACCAACCCAAAAGUCAUAGGUUACUACGUGGUGUUGACUGCGACGGCGCGAGGGCUUGCUGACGCCACCGCUAAGCUGCUUGAUCUGGUCGAGACGUCAGUGUAUCUCUCGCUCAACAAGCACCGAGCGCGCGAAGACUGA